UUGGAUUAUGCUAAUCUGAAACAUGUACAAAAGACAACAUGAUUGAACAAAAGACUAUGCUUAUAUGGUUUGAAAGUGAAAGAGCCCUAAAUUCUCCUACAUAAAUAUAUACAUUGCUUCACUCAUUUUAGUAAUCUCACAAAACAAUGGCUUCAACUUCAUCUUCUCAUUCCUUUACCACUUGUGUGUUAUUCCUCUUUUUUCUAUAUUUGUCUUGUUUCUUCAACAACCUUGAUGCAAAACACAGCAUAACCAACACUCACAAGCACAAGCACCAACACAAUCACAACCACAUCCAUAAUUCCCCAUUAAACCCAAGACUCUACCGCGCGUUUCUUGCACUGCAAGCAUGGAAGCAUGUGAUCUACUCAGACCCAAAAAACAUUACUUCAAAUUGGGUAGGUCCUUCAGUUUGCAACUACACUGGUAUCUACUGUGCUCCAUCUCUUGAUGAUCCUAAAAUAACAGUUGUAGCCGGCAUUGACCUUAACCACGCAGACAUAGCCGGGUUCCUACCCGACGAAUUAGCCUUCCUAUGUGAUCUUUCACUUCUCCACCUCAAUAGCAACCGUUUCUGUGGCAUCAUUCCGAAAACCUUCUCAAACCUAACUCAUCUCUAUGAGCUUGACCUUAGUAACAACAGAUUUGUCGGACCUUUUCCUUCGGUCGUGCUUUCCCUUCCUUCCCUUACUUAUCUCGACCUUCGUUACAAUGAAUUCGAAGGUCCGUUGCCUCCUGAGCUUUUCAACAAAGCUUUCGAUGCUUUUUUCCUUAACAACAAUCGCUUCACAAGUUCUAUUCCAAGAAAUUUAGGAAAAAGCAAAGCAUCUGUUAUGGUUUUUGCUAAUAACAAAUUUGGAGGAUGUUUACCAGAAAGCAUAGUGAACUUCGCCAACACUUUGGAAGAACUUCUCUUAAUCAAUACAAGCAUCUCAGGUUGUCUUCCACAGCAAGUUGGAUUUCUAUACAAAUUGAGAGUGUUGGAUGUGAGUUUCAACAAUAUUGUUGGUCCUAUACCUUAUAGUCUUGCAGGGCUAUCUCAUUUGGAGCAGUUAAAUUUAGGACAUAAUAUGAUGAGUGGAAUAGUUCCUGUCGGAAUUUGCGAGUUACCAAACUUAGUGAAUUUCACUUUUUCUUACAACUUCUUCUGUGAGGAAGAGGGAAUUUGUAAGAAUUUGACAUCAAAGAAGAUAGCUUUUGAUGAUCGCCGCAAUUGCUUGCCGGAGAAGGCACUGCAGAGGAGUGAAAAGGAAUGUAGUGCAAAACUUGAACACCCUGUUGAUUGCUUUGAGCUUUGUUGUGUUGAAGGAGGUCUUGGGAAUAAUGUUAGUGCUGGUUCUAUGGCUAUUCCACCUUCUGCAACUGCACCAGCAGCAAUGCCUCUUUCUGCUGCACCUCUUGUUGCACCAAGCCAUCCUUGACAUUGAAUGAAGGGUUUAUGUUGAUGUAAUAAAGGUCCAAAUUUAAAUUAGGUAAUGAUAUUGUACAUACUUUGUUUUUAAAGUGGUGUGAUAGUUCAUGUCUCUGUAUUGUAUCAUAAUCCUCGUUACUUGGAAAGUGUUAUGUUCGACAGAAUUAGAGUGUAUGUUUUGAGUGUGUUUGUCAAACUUUGAAUAAUUUGAUUUUGUAAAAUUAUUUGAUCAAAAUUUA